GUACACCCAGAAUAUGCCUUCAGCUAUGGCGUCAAAGAUCUGCAUACCGGCGAUGUUAAAUCUCAGUGGGAAUCGCGUGAGGGCGAUGGUGUCAAGGGUCAUUACAGUGUACUGGAGCCAGACGGCUCCAUACGCACCGUCACCUAUACAGCAGAUGCCAAAUCAGGUUUCAAUGCCAUUGUAAAGACAGUGGGUGCCAAUUCACAUCCCGUCACCGACUCACCACAUGACAUAGAUGCAAAAAGUGAUGAUACCUCACAAUCGAAAAUCAAUCACUAUAGCAAAGAUCAAGAACACAUUGUCUUGAGUUCCGAUAUUAAACCUCUUAAAAAGCCCAUAGAGGAUCUAACACACUCACAUCCGAAAAUACCCAGUUUAAUUGAAUUUAAACCACAUGCCCGUAUUCGGCAGGUGCCCAUGGAAUUGGAACCGGGCAUGCGAGAACGUUUACAGGAGGCCCGUGAUAAUUAUUACAAAGAAUUGGCACAAAAUAGUUUCCAACCGUCGGGCGCCAUUUCACCGAGUUAUGAUUCGCAUCAAGAUAAUGAUUGGAAAGCUGUAGUGGGUCUUAGUCAAGGUUAUCAAAACGUGGAGGAUUAUCUACAUCCAGUGCCCUCGUCAUCUAACCACUACAACAAUGAGCCCUUACAGCCAAUAGCCAAGCCAUCGUAUAAACCACAAAGACAUACCGAAUUCAUUGCCUCAAAGCCGCAUUAUCCACAACAACAAAUACGCUAUCAAAUAACCGCUCCAGCAUAUCCUGAUCCUCAAAGUAAUGCCAUACCAUUCAACAGCAAGAAGACUGGGGUAAAGACUACCCUUGGCCUUAAGCACUAUGCUUCCCUGCCCCACAAAUAUCUUAAUCACAAGCCACGACAUGAUUACUCAGCCUAUUUCCAACGGGGAGGUGGCAAGAAACCUCGCAAAUUGGAACCUAAAAUUCCCUCAAAUUUGGAUCUACUGGAAAUCGACGAAGAAGAGGAUGACGAUGACGUUGAGAUUGAGCAAAACGCUGCCUCCGCCAGUCUGGUCCAGUCGAUGGUGAAACGUGAUAAGAAACACAUGGUACCCAUGUAUGCCGGUCACUAUGCACCCUGGAAUUCGGUACAACAAAAGAAACAAAAUGCCCGUCCCUAUCGACGUCUAUGA